GCCCACUCAGUCUUAGGUCAGUUUCGUUUCAUCGAUCGAGAGACGUUCUGCUGUAACAAACCUUUAAUGAUGGGAGCAUCUAAUGACAAACCUCUGAAAUGUCCUCUGUGUCACGAGGAGUGUCGGGAUCAGGUGACGCUGGGAUGCGAUCACAGCUUCUGUCGGGUUUGUAUCAGAGAGUUAUGGAGUGGAUCUGACACUGGACCGUAUUACUGCCCCGAGUGUAGAUACGAGUACCAGCAGCUGCCGGACUACACGGACGGAGCCUCGACAUCUACAGCCACAACAAACACACAUUGGGGCUUCAGAAAGAAGCAGCAUGGCCGGCACUCGAACAAAUGGCCUGGGAAGAGGAAGUUCAGUUCGGCGUUCCAUGGUGGCGGAUGGAGACUUGGCACAGGGCCAUUUAAUGAGUCUGACAUCAGUGACCCUGAUGUAAUCGCCAUCAAUGACUCUGAUGAAGAAACAUCAAUACCACGGAAAAGAAAGGCCACGGCAGAUGAACGCCCAUCUGAAAGCCAGACUCCGUCAGUGGUUUGGGGGAUGACCUCUACAAGUGACACAUCGACACAACACACACCUCCAGAAACAGUGGAGAUCACAUCUCCUCUUGUAGGAUCAUCUCCUGAGAGGAACACAAGUUCCUCUCAGCAAGACCAGCAUACCGUGGCUUCACACGGUGACACAGGCUCGCCCAGGAGAAGCAGCACAUCUCAGGGAGAGAAAGAAGUCUCAAAAGAGCCACCAAAAGCCUGUGACUUACCAGCAGUCAACGCCACCUCUCAUUUGCUUGGAAGGCGGGAAAGGGACAGUGCUUCUAACAGUGAAUCAUCUUCCCUCAGGAUGUCCUCUACAUCAUCAGAGAGACUUUCCAGGAGCAGCUCUGUGCCGUGCCAUUACUGUCCCAGUUCGGAGCAGAAGGUGGCGGUAAAGACCUGCCUGGUUUGCGGGGCGUCCAUGUGCUCCGAGCACCUGCGCGCGCACCUGGAAAAGCCUGUGUUCCAGAACCACCCGCUUGUGGACGCUGUGGAGGACGUGUCUCUCUGGAGAUGCCAAGAGCACCAGGAGAUGAACCGGAUCUACUGCCGAUCAUGUGCAGUGUGUGUUUGUACUGUGUGUUCCCUGGUCGGGUCGCACAAGGGGCACGAGUGCAUCAGCAUCCGCGAGGCAGAGCAGGAGCUCAGAGGCUCACUGAAGGAUGAGAUGCAAAAAAUACAAAAAACGGAAAAGUCCAUUCAGGAAAAACUCUCUGAGCUCAGUGAGAAAAAACGUGGUGUCCAGACGGGGCUGGAGGACGUGCGGGCUGCUGUUUUGCAGCAGUAUCAGGCGAUGCGAGAGGCUCUGGAGGACGAGGAGGGACAGGCGUUACGCUGCGUAGCCCAGGAAGAGCACAGAGUGCUGGGAAGCAUUGACAAGCAGCUGGACACGUUACAGGGCGCCUUGACAUCCAGCCAGACCAUAUUAAACACCUUGCAGGGAAUCACCAAUGCUGAGCGGGUGUCACAGUACCAGGACCAGGCCUUCAUCAUGGAAUACAGCAAAAUAGCAGGACAACUGACUGCACUCUCUGACCCUGUGCAAACCCUCCAGCCUCCUCAGGAGAUAAACCAAGACCGACUGGACUGUCUUCAUGACUGGACCGAGAGGAGACUGGAGACUGUGCUCGUAACACUGCCUCACCGAGACCCUUUCAGACUGCUGUAUGGGAUAAGCCCAAGUCUGGAUCCUGAUACUGCCCAUCCAAAGCUGCUGCUGUCGGAUGAAAACCGUACGGUGGAGUACAGCGAGACCCAGCAGGACUACAGCGAGCAGGAGACACGCUUCAACAUUUUCCCCCAGGUGCUGGGCUCUCGUGCCAUAGACGGCGGCUGCUGCUACUGGGAAGUGGAGGUCUCUCUGGAUGAGGGCCGCUGGAAGCUGGGCGUCUGUGAUGGACAGAUUGGCAGAAAGGGGCAAAAGGACGUCUGCCGUAUUGGCUUCUACCCCAAUUCUUGGUGUUUAAUUUAUGAGAAGGGAAAGGUGGAAGCUCUGCACGAUAAGGUGGCUUCACCUGUGUGUGCCGCUGAACUUUGGAAGGUCGGAGUGCUGCUGGAUUUUAAAGAAGGUCGCUUGUCUUUUUAUAGCGUGGCCAGGGAAGGAGCUCUUUCUUUGCUGUACAGUUUUGAGCAUAAGUUCACCGAGCCCUUGUAUCCGGCGCUGGCAGUUUCUAAAACUCAGCUCAGCAUCUGUGAUAUAUUUACCAAGACCACUGCAGACUAGACUAUGUAUGACACUUUAUUACAUUAAGAAACACUAAUCACUUUUACAUUCCAUAAAACAUCAUUCCAAUAGUCAUGACUGCUGAAUCUAAGAGUGCAAGAGGUCUUGAAAACAAUGGCCUAUUUUUUUCUGAAUGAUCGAUGAUGAUCCUCUGAUUUUUAAUGGGAAAGAUUUACAAAUCGGAGCCAUUUCCAUUACAAAUAUAUGCUUUAUAUAUGCAUUUAUAUAACAUCUGGAAUGGUCUUUUUUCAAAACAAUCUCGCACAGCCUUUUAACUUUUUUCAACCACUUUUCGAUCUUUUUUUAAAAUGUUUUUUUUUUUAACUAUUAUUAUUACUUUGAUAAUUUUAGAUAAAUAAUUUUUUAUUUUUUUAUAUUAAGUCAAAUAUAAAUGUCCAUUGUAUUUUCGUGUAUACUUAAAUAAACUGAAGGCCAGGAUAAAUAUUUUUCAGUAAUGCAAAAAAAUAGAUAAAGUGAACAAUUUCAAACGUUACUCGAUUUUAUACUAGAUACCAGCAUAUCUAUAUCAUUCCAUGUUGAUAUACUGUUGCGAGUUGAUGAAUAUUGCAUUUUAACUCUAGGUGGCAGUAUUGUUCAAUAUAUAAUUUGACAUUUCUAUGAUGAUUGUU